CCUGAGGGCCGGAGGCACCCUCCGGCAGACUCAGCGACUGCUACGGCCUGGGCGGACAGUGCAGCGUGCGCAGGCGCGGAGCUAGACCUCGCUGCAGCCCCCAUCGCCUCGGGAAGUCGCACCCACCGAGUGCGUCCGCUGGCCGGUCAGUGCUUUCCUCCUCGUUUGCCCUCUCCGGUUCCCUCACCGCCCUACGCACACUGAUGGCGGAGCUGCGGCCUAGUGGCGCCCCCGGCCCUACCGCACCCCCGGCCCCUGGCCCUACUGCACCCCCGGCCUUUGCCUCUCUUUUUCCCCCGGGACUGCACGCCAUCUACGGAGAAUGCCGCCGUCUUUACCCUGACCAGCCGAACCCGCUCCAGGUUACCGCUAUCGUCAAGUACUGGUUGGGUGGCCCAGACCCUUUGGACUACGUUAGCAUGUACAGGAACAUGGGGAACCCUACUGCCAACAUCCCCGAGCACUGGCACUACAUCAGCUUUGGCUUGAGUGAUCUCUAUGGUGACAACAGAGUCCAUGAGUUUACAGGAACAGACGGACCUAGUGGUUUUGGCUUUGAGUUGACAUUUCGUCUGAAGAGAGAAACAGGGGAGUCUGCCCCACCAACAUGGCCAGCGGAACUAAUGCAGGGCUUGGCCAGAUAUGUGUUUCAGUCAGAGAACACCUUCUGCAGCGGGGACCAUGUGUCUUGGCACAGCCCUUUGGAUAACAGUGAGUCAAGAAUUCAGCACAUGCUGCUGACAGAGGACCCACAGAUGCAACCUGUGCAAACACCCUUUGGGGUGGUUACUUUCCUCCAGAUUGUUGGGGUCUGCACUGAGGAGCUGCACUCAGCCCAGCAGUGGAACGGCCAGGGUAUCCUGGAGCUGCUGCGCACGGUGCCUGUGGCUGGCGGCCCCUGGCUGAUAACUGACAUGCGGAGGGGAGAGACCAUAUUUGAGAUCGAUCCACACCUGCAACAGGAGAGAGUUGACAAAGGUAUUGAGACAGAUGGCUCCAACCUAAGCGGUGUCAGUGCCAAGUGUGCCUGGGAUGACCUGAGCCGACCCCCUGAGGAUGACGAGGACAGUCGGAGCAUCUGCAUCGGCACACAGCCCAGGCGGCUCUCUGGCAAAGAUACAGAGCAGAUUCGAGAGACUCUGAGGAGAGGACUUGAGAUAAACAGCAAACCUGUCCUUCCGCCAAUCAACCCCCAGCGGCAGAACGGCCUCACCCACGACCGGGCCCCGAGCCGCAAAGAUAGCUUGGAAAGUGACAGCUCGACGGCCAUUAUUCCCCAUGAGCUGAUCCGCACACGGCAGCUGGAGAGUGUGCAUCUGAAAUUCAACCAGGAGUCAGGAGCCCUUAUUCCUCUCUGCCUAAGGGGCAGGCUCCUGCAUGGACGGCACUUUACAUAUAAAAGUAUCACAGGUGACAUGGCCAUCACGUUUGUUUCCACGGGAGUAGAAGGCGCCUUUGCCACUGAGGAGCAUCCUUAUGCAGCUCAUGGACCCUGGCUACAAAUUCUGUUGACUGAAGAGUUUGUAGAGAAAAUGCUGGAGGACUUAGAAGAUUUGACUUCUCCAGAGGAAUUCAAACUUCCCAAAGAAUACAGCUGGCCUGAGAAGAAGCUGAAAGUCUCUAUCCUACCUGAUGUGGUGUUCGACAGUCCACUGCACUAGCCUAGGCUGAGCCCUGCAGGGGCCAAUGUGGAGCCCAGUUGCUCCCCCAGUGACUUCCAGUUUAACAACUGCAUAAAUAAGAUUCCCACAAAUAAAAGGACAAGUGGGAGGAUGACUGUGCAGUGACCACAUCCGCAGCCUGUUGGGAUGCCGUGCAUGGGCCACAGGCCCCCCCACCUUACCUCCAGCUCAGGGGCCUUACCCCCUAGUCGGCUACUUCCAUGUGACCAAGCCCUGGUACCAGUGGGCCAGUGACUAGGCGGAUGCAAACCUUCUUUGCCUCCUGCUGCCACCACAGAUUCUGGUUUGAGAUUUGACUCUGGACCCUUGAUGCCCCCAGGUGGAGACAGGCUUCAUUCUCACCCACCCCCUGCCACACAGCCCAGCAGGAGGAAGUGGAGAGAGCACCAGUGGAAAGUAUGUGUGUGGACAUCCUGCCCAGCUCCACUCUGGGAAGCCUUUGCUAGCCAAGCUCCUCUGGCCAUUGAACAAUUCCUCUGAUUAUGUUUGGUUUUCUUCUUCUUCCUUAUUUUAUUUUGUAGACACGGGAUGGUAUUUUAUUGCUCUGCAAAGAUGUCCAGAAGCCAUGUAUAUAAUGUUUUUAAACAGAACUUUAUUCCCAGAUGAACUUUCUUGUUCUCUCAAACGAGCCUGGGACUGUGUCUCCCCCUGCACUGCCACCAGAGGUGCCCGGUGUUCCUCUGCCAGCCCAGGGCCCUGGAGGAGACUGUUUCACAGAGAGGCUUUUCUUCUGAGCUGGGCUUGGUAGAGCCUGGGGCAAGGGGAGAGCAGAGACACUCCCCCAUGUGGCUUUAAGCCCUUUGAGCUUGGGUGUUGAGGGGUGGGAGGGGGACAGUUUAGCUGGGGCCAGGAAGGGGUGCCACUGUUUUCUAAGUGAACUGGGCCCCCAUAAGGUUUGGGGACUUGCAAGGUCUCAAAGACUUGGUGGCCCCAGCCUCAUCUUCUAGGCCUUUCCUACCCAAGCAGGCUUAUCUGGGAGAGGUUAAGACCCAGCACCUCACAGAUCAUCCCCCACUGUCUCUGAGAGCUUGGGUCCCAGCUCUAUGACCAGUCCAUCCCAUUUCCUCAUUCCUUGGGUUUCCCAGCCUUCAGGCUAUAGGACUGGCAUAUUAAAAAACCGAAAAAUCAACUUCUCAACAUCUCUUUAACUUUGAUUUUGACAACCUCACCCUCCCAUCCUCCCUGCAUCCAUUCAUUCCCCAUCUUUCCUACACCAUUCCUGUCCUGUCUCCUUUCCUGUGUCCUGGCCUUCUGUGGUUUUUGGUCCCUCACCCCCCAUACUGUAGAUCUCACAAUCUGCCUUUCAGAAGCCAGUUUUUCUUGGAUCCAUGGUUUUGGGGUUCCUCUCUGGUUCUCUCCUACUCCUGACCUGGAAUCAGCAAGCCCCUUUCCUGUCCUCUUACCUCCAACUCUAGAAACUACUACUUUAAGAUCAUCCUUCAGACCUCUCCAAAGCAAAGACAUUUUGUCUGUCUGGGUCCUUAUAGGGCUUCUCAUGGCUCCCAUUUGCCACACAGGCACCACCAGGGGUACUAUAGAAGAGCCCAUAUGGUGCAGGACCCUGAUAAUGAGGGAUCUAGCCAAAGAGCUCUUCCAGGUGUUGAGGGCACUGGCCAGGCUCUCCAGGGGACAGGAGUUGGAUCUCCACAAAGCCACUAGGCCCAGCCCCUUCAGCUUAAGCCUUGGACUGAUUGACACCAUCAAGCUCAAAGCUCAGAGCUUCAAGUCAGAUCAGCCUGGAGCACUUGGGAGAGACUGGCUCCAGAGCUCUACCAGCCAAGGCACGAGCCUCUCUGGACCUGAUGUCAACAGAAGCUGUGCCUUCUACUACCCCGAGGACUCUUCCAAAAGGAUGCUUACUGCUCUUUACCCACCACAGCAACCCUGCCUCUGAAGCUCAUAUCUUCUGGCACUUCAUGGACAGAGUUGCCAUCUAUUUGCCUCCAUUCUUUGCCACUCUGACCAGCCUUCCCCCAAAUUCUCUCUUUCUAGGGGCCUGCGUAAAGGUCCCCGAUGCAGUUCAUCCUGCCUCCCUCUGUCUGGUUGUGGGGAGGUAGCAUAUUCUGAGCUAAGCUUUGUCAUCAGUAUGUGUCACAUCUGGUCAACAACUUCCCCCAGACCUGAAGCAUCUUUACAGACCAGUGGUGAGCACCACCGGCAUGGUGUUCCUGUCCUUAGGCAACAGAGGGGAAAGGCAAGAAGAAACAGGUGAGCUCUAUGAGCAGAUGAAGCCUGUGACCCUGUCCUGCCUCCACCAUUACAAGAACCUCCAUGAUACUAAGAACCUGCCAGGGUCUGGCUCCAUCUGAUCUCCCUACUUUAAUGGCUCUAGGGGAGUGGCAGGGAAUCAGCUGUCUCUGAUCAGGCCCCCUUUUCUUAGGCAUUGAUGCCUCCCAGAGGUUCCUCAGGGAGAGGGCUCUCCAUUGAGCUGCUGGCUGGUGAGAAGGGACCAGCUCAGCUUCUGGCACAUGGUGGGUGCUCAGUAAAUGUACCCUCUCCUUCUCUCAGGAGCUCUUUGGGAGCCCCUGAUCUUGUGGUGGGUGGAGGAAGCAAGGACCCUUCCUCCCUAUAUCUGCCUCUUCUGCAGGCUUCUUUAAGGCUUUCUUAGUCCUACCCAUUCUUCUAGGUCCCUGGAGUUUCAGAGUUUCUGAGAAGGGGCUCCUCACUUGCUGUUUGCCUGCUAUAUGAGGUGGGUUCCUGUGGUUCCCCCAGGCUCAUUGUGGGCUGAAGAGGACUGUAGACCCAGAUGCCCUUCUGAGGGGCUGGGAAGGCUCAGGCAAGGUCUCAGGUCUGGCUGGGGAGCUGGUACUUCUUCCUGCCCAUCUCUCCUUAUUCCACAGUCAAGGCUCCCGGACAGGUAUUAGGAAAGCCUAGAGGAGAAUCUGAAAGGGCUAAAUAGAGUGUUUUAAAAAACAGGGUUUGGCGACUGGGUUUUGAGAUUGAUUUGAGAGCAAGGAGAAAACCUGAAGGUCGGUGCCCCUAUGGGGCAGACAAGUAGAGAAUUUCCUUGACUAUUUUUUUAUCUGGUCUUCCCUCUCUGGCUUCUUAUACCUCCUUGUCAGGUGAGGUGCCCGUUCCCUGUUCAAGUCAGGAGACCUGUAGAGAAACUCCUCCUUUUGUAUAAGUACCUAAAUGCUGCAACAAGCAGACUUUUGUAAAAUUUUCUAUUAGUUUUAAUAUAAGUGGCGACUCGGUUCCUGGGGCUGCAGCCAGCCUGGGACUUUUGUAAGAACUUUUGGAUGACUCACUUAGAUGUCGGUUCCUUCUUGCCCCCUCAUCCUCUGUGUAAUCUAAGUGCAUUAAACAUAUUUGCAGAA